AGAAUCCCGAAACGAAAGCAAAACUUUCCAGAAGUAUUGGCACACACAUACUACCGGCUGAGUAGAAGGACGGGGGACUGAAAACAGAGAGAAUAAGGGGGAGAAAUAUGUCUGUCACUUUCUAUGGUUGGGAAGUGGACUACGAUGAGGACCGCCACCUCAGAGCAGAACAAGAGCCUAAAUCUGGUAAGCAUUACACCAUGUACCAUGGUACCAACCUCAAGUCAGCAAGGACCAUCAUCCAAAGUGGCUUCCGUCAGUCCCCAGAUGGGAUGUUGGGGCCUGGGGUUUACGUAAGCCGCAACCAAAAGAAAGCCGAGCGCUACCCGCUGAACUCGUCCUACAACGACCGCGUGGUCCUGAAGCUAAGCGUCGACUGUGGAAAAGUUAAGAAAAUUGACAAGGACAACCACCCUAUGCAGAAGACCUGGCAUGCCAAUGGCUACGACACAGCCUGGGUGCCACCCAAAUGUGGUAUGAAGGCUGUUCCCAGCGGCCUGGAGGAAGACUGCGUGUGGGACCCUAAACAGAUCGAGGUGAUCGAUGUGGUGCUUGCGCCCAACGUCACCAUUUUGAAUGAACUCAAGCAGUCAAUCGCCCAGAAGUCUCCCCAAGCUGCUGCUGCCGCCGCCAACCCGCAGGUGUGCCAGCUGUGCAAGUGGAAAAUAGUUCCAGCGCACAGCGUUCAGACCUGCUGGGGCUGCGGGCAAACCAUCUGCACUCUGAUGACCAAACACAAGUGCAAUCACUGGGGCUAGGAAGCUGUUUUCCCGAAACCAGAGGGUGAUGAUAGAGCAAUAUGGCUGGAUACCGUUAAUGGGACAUGACCUGAUAUAGUGAUAUAUACAUUUAUUCAUCUACAGUAAGCACUUUUCUCCUGGGUCUGAAACCAAUCCCAGGGACGCCGAAGGAUGUACCCCAGUUCGUUGCUGGACAUAUAGUGAUUAUGAUUAAGUAUAAGUGGCACUUCACAACUCUUCUAUGACCCCAAAAGUAUUGAUGUCAAACUUUGUGUUCUUACAAGGCUAUAAUGUAACUUACUGUACAAAUAAGAGAGGCUUACCUAUGGCCAACAUAUUUGCAUCAUGCAAAAACCGUAGGCGUGAGUUGCAAAAGAGAAUGCUAAGCUGGGAUGACGUUGGAGAAGCAUGCAAACCAUGUUUUGCAGGAUAGUCUAAUAUUGAAAAAUCACAACCAUGUUCUAUGUAUGUAACUGCUCUUAAUCCUAGUGAGGUGUCACUUGCAAACCAUUUAAAUCUUUAAAGCACUACCUUAUUUGAUCCAAAGUUAAAAAUUCAUCAUCAUCUUAGGCUAAAUCAAGCUCCAUACAUCUCACACCUACUGUAAAAAAAAAAAAAUGUGAAAAAUGACAGGAUAGCCAAAUAUCAAAACCAUAUUUAUCAGUUUACUCCAGAACUGAUCUAACAGGUCAUAAACCAGACCAUACAUGAUGGGGGAAAAAUCAUACUAUCACUAUUUCAAUUUAUAAUACCCUAGAAAUGUAGUUAUUUUUGUCUGUUUUUAUAGAUACAUACAAAUACAGGAUAGAUAUCUGCGUGCAUAAGUUUGCUUUUUUUUAAAGCAACAUUAACAAAUCUCAAGGAAAACCAGUAGGGAGAAAGUGUGAUUUUAUUUAACCUGUCCGUUUUAUUCUAGCACUUAAAAAUCCUUGAAUCCUCCUAGCACUUUUAUCUUUUAAGUAGUGAUUUUAGAUCAAAUUCUAUUACAUUUGAAAGAAUUGGAUAUGGUGCUAUGCUGAAACAUGUGCCUUUGGAGUUCUUUUUUUAUGGUUUGGAUGUGAAUGCAAGUUUGUAACUGUAUGCCUUAAAAAUCUGUGCUUACUUGACUUCUACUCAAGCACAUUUUACAUUUAAGGGACUCUUCGAAUCGCAGUCUCAUAAAUAGGAGUAAAAUUUACACCCAAAACAGGGAUAUUGUAAAUGUACAGUAUAUUGUAAAUUCUGGUAACGGAUUUGUGAUUCGUCACUUUACGAUGAUGUAAAUUUCUACUUCUUGGACUCCACUGUGUAUUCAGACAAAGAUGCAAGUCUAGAACUCAGGAUGGUCGGACUGCACAACCUCUACCGCAUAAUUAGCCUUAAAGACAUGUUGGGAUCUGUGCAAGUUUUUUUUUUUUUAGUGUAUCUCUGGGUUAAUAUAAAGUUUACACCAAUUGUGUAUACACGGACACUGAGAAAAUGUAUAUAUAUAGAGAGAGGGAGAGAGAGAGAAUUUUUUUUUUUUUUAAUACUUGUUUUUUUUUCUUUUCACUGCCUUGUUAAAUUUUGUCAUGCAACAGUGAUAAGCCAAUAAUCUUACAGCAACAAUCUUUUAUUCCUUUUUUUUUAAUCUGAUCUGUUCUUUUAUCAAUUAGGUUUUUGUCUUGACUGUUAAAUGUAAUGGAUUAUAUCUUCUUUUAUGAAAUGAUAAUAAAUAAAAUAAAUG